AGUAGCUGGUCCACUCACACAUGUUAAUUACUACACCUACCUACCUACAGACGAGUCAUCCACCUAUCUACCUACGGACGAGUCAUCCUUAUAAUACACUCGCAGCUUUCCUUUUGCUCCUAAAUCAAUUCUGAUUGUACACUUCUUCUUCUUCUUCAAUCUUCAAUCGUCUUUGCCUUGAUUUUGUUGAAUUAAGAUGGAGAACGACGGAACGGCGCUUGAAGAAACUCUUUCAUACUUCCAUUGUGGUGCUACUUUUUCUACAAUGUUUCAACCCUUCCCUAUCCUCUGGAUUCAAUCAUGUUUCUUUCGGUUUCGGAGCAAUUGCCCACCGGGUGGUGACGAGGUGCAUAGAGAGUGAAAGGGAAACACUCCUUUCUUUCAAACAAGGUCUGAUUGAUGACUACAAUCUCCUCUCCUCGUGGGGAAGAGAAGAACACAAGCAAGAUUGUUGCAAAUGGGUAGGCGUCCACUGCAGCAACCGAACCAACCAUGUUACUCAACUUCAUCUUGGAUGGUCUUCUAUGCGUCAAGCUUACUCACUUCAACACAAAGGUCACCUGGAAGAUACCGAAUAUUAUUUACAAGGUAAGAUGAUGAGUCCUAAACUGAUUGAGUUGCAGCAUUUGAAAUAUUUGGACCUUUCGUUGAUUAACUUCAAUGGAAGCCAAAUUCCAGAUUUCAUUGGUUUUCUUUCCAACUUAAGACACCUCGAUCUCUUUGUUGCUUAUUUUGGUGGUCGAAUUCCAACUCAGAUUGGAAACCUUACUCACUUGCAAUAUCUUAAUCUCAGCUACAAUAACUUUGCUAAUGUAGAAAAUCUGAAUUCAUGGCUGCCUCAUCUUUCUGCUUUAACAUAUUUGGACCUGACAUACAACAAUCUCAGUAAUGUUCCUGACUGGAUGGAAGCAGUUAAUAAACUCCCUAAACUUACAAACUUGUCUCUGUCUUAUUGCAGUCUUCCUUCUCGUCUAAUUCAUUCCAGUACUCUUUUUAACAUAAAUUCUUCUAAAUCUCUUGCUCAUGUUAAUCUCAGAUCCAACCAACUCUCAUUUUCUUCAUCUUCUUCCAUAUUUGUGUGGUUAUCCAAAUACAAUGCCGGCCUUGUUCAUCUUGACCUCUCUGAAAACCAAAUUGAAGGAGGGAUUCCGCAAUCUUUUUCCGGGUUAUGUAAUCAGCAAGAAUUGUACCUUUACAAUAACACUUUGAGUGGACAGUUUUCCUGGUUGGUUCAAAUAUUAAUGUCUGCAUGCCCUGAUCAGAACUCAUUAGAGACUCUGUCCCUCUCAAAGAAUCAUCUUUCUGGAUCAAUUCCUAAUCUCACAAACUUUUCAUCAUUGAAAGAAUUAUCUCUCGAUGACAAUCAAUUGAGUGGAACAAUACUUGAAAGCAUUGGGCAUAUGUCCACGCUUGAGGCUAUCUACCUUGGUAUGAAUGCUUUGGAAGGUGUGGUUUCGAAAAGCCACUUCUCCAACCUCUCCAGAUUAAGGAGUUUGGAUAUGUUCAAUACCUCACUAUCUUUAAGCUUCAGUUCUAAUUGGUCUCAUCCUUUCCAAUUAGAGUAUAUAAAAUUAUGGUCUUGUAAGGAGGGUCCACAUUUUCCAAAAUAGCUUCAAAAUCAGAAAAGUUAUAAGAGACUUGAUAUUUCUAAUGCCAGAAUUUCUGAUAUCCUUCAAAGUUGGUUUUGGAGCCUUCUGUCUCAUCAGGAUCUUAGAUCUAUUUCUAUAGAUUUUUCCCACAACCGAAUUAGAGGAACAAUUCCAAAUUCAAGAUUUGAGUUUUCCUCAUCUUCCUUUAGUCUAGUGAAUUUGAGUUAGAACUAAUUGGAAAGUCCAGUCCCUUCAUUCAUUUCCACAUCGAUAUCUUUAGAUCUCUCCAACAAUAAGUUUUUAGGGUUAAUUUCUUUCAUGUGUCCAAGGACUUCGAACAAGGUUAGUCAUAUAGCCUUUCUUGAUCUCUCAAGCAACAAUUUGUACGAACAACUUCCUAAUUGUUGGACACGUUUUGAAAAUCUUGCCUUUCUUGAUUUGAGUGAUAAUGCUCUUUUUGGAAAAAUUCCUACCACAAUGAGCUCUUUACCUUCUAUUCAAACACUAAAGUUAAACAAGAAUAGGUUUGUGGGGAAUUGACUUUAUCCUUGAAGAACUUUACCACACUCAGUGUUUUUAAUGCUAGAGAAAAUAACUUAUCAAGUUUGAUACCUGAAUGAUUAGGGGUUGAACUUCCAAAUUUGGCUAUCCUUAUCCUCCGUUCUAAUCACUUCUAUGGAAGCAUUCCACCACAAUUGUGUAAACCCAACCCCUAACCAUUCAGGUAUCAAACCUGAUAAGUUAUUUUCUCCAACAUCAAAAACACUGAGUGUGGUAAAGUUUUUCAAAGAUGAAGGCAAUUCCCCCACAAACCCAUUCUUGUUUAACUUCAGCGUUUGAAUAGAAGGUAAAUAGUCCGUUGUGGUAGGAAUUUUCCCAAAAAGAGCAUUAUCACUCAAAUCAAGAAAGCCAAGAUUUUCAAAACGUGUCCAACAAUUAGGAAGUUGUUUGUACAAAUUGUUGCUUGAGAGAUCAAGAAAGGCUAAAUGACUAACCUUGUUCAGAGUCUUUGGACACAUGAAAGAAACUAACCCUGAAAGCUUAUUGUUGGAGAGAUCUAGGGCUAUUGCUAUGGAAAGGAAUGAAGGGACUAGACUUUCCAAUCGGUUCCAUCUCAAAUUCACUAGACUAAAGGAAGAUGAGGGAAACUCAAAUCUUGAAUUUGGAAUUGUUCCUCUAAUUCGGUUGUUGGAAAGAUCUAUAGAAAUAGAUCUAGGAUCCUGAUGAGAUAGAAGACUCCAAAACCAACUUAGAAGGAUAUCAGAAAUUCCUGCAUUAGAAAUAUCAAGGCUCUUAUAACUUUUCUGAUUUUGAAGCCAUUUUGAAAAAUGUGGACCCACCUUACAAGACCUCAAUUUUAUAUACUCUAAUUGGAAAGGAUGAGUCCAAUUAGAACUGAAGCUUAAAGAUAGUGAGGUAUUAGACAUAUCCAAACUUCUUAAUCUGGAGAGAUUGGAGAAGUGGCUUUUCGAAACCACACCUUCCAAAGCAUUCAUACCAAGGUAGAUAGCCUCGAGCGUGGACAUAUGCCCAAUGCUCAACAAUUUGGCUAAAAAAGUAAGUUCAAGUAUAGCAUCCUUGAUAUGGAAAGGCAUUCUAUCCAAAUACAGAAGUACUAUGGGGCUUGUAAGUGUAUUCAUCUGUCAAGUAAUCGAUUAAUAGGGGAGAUUCCUAGGGAAAUCACUGAUCUUGUGAGGUUGGUUUCUUUAAACCUGUCAAGAAACAAUUUAACAUGUCAAAUAACUCCAACGAUCAGGAAGUUGGAGUCCUUAGAGUCCCUUGAUUUGUCAAGAAACCACAUAUAUGGUGGAAUACCAACAAGCCUUUUUCAAAUAUAUGGUCUUGGUGAUUUGGACUUGUCAAACAACAACUACAACAACAACAAAGCAUUUUCCCACUAAGUGGGACUCGGCUCCAAAGCCUUUUCAAACAACAACUAGUUUGGAAAAUUCCAAUUGGGACUCGGCUCCAAACCUAUGAUCCAUCUGAUUUUGCUGGAAAUACUCUACUUUGUGGAAUUCCACUUCAACAGUUGUGCUGUCCUGAGGAAACAAGUCCAGAGGAGCAACCAAUGUUUGGGGAUCAAGUUAAAGAUAAUGAUGGGCUUAUAACAACAUGAUUUUACUUGAGUUUGGCGCUUGGUUUUGUUGUUGGAUUUUUGGGAGUUUGUGGGAGUUUGAUAUUCAUCAGGUCAUGGAGAUACACAUGCUACAAGUUCUUGAAUUGUGUGUACGAUUGGCUUUUUGUGAGGGUGGCGUUGAUCAGGUGACGAAGAAUGAUUGAUGGGUAAAAUCUCGUUCAUCUACCGUUGGCAAGCACUGCUCCCUUUAAACUAGAGAAGAAGGAGAUUGAAGAGUGCAAUUUGAAGUUAUAAUUUAGUGAAAGUGUUGUGUUUAAUUUAGUGGCCUUUUUGAGGCUAUUUACAGUGACCGUAUUCUUUAUGCCGACACCAAACUUUAAGUUCAUGUGGAAAUCUAUUUAUACGUUGAAUAACACACUAAUCUGUAAAUAUUUUUUUACAGAUAGUGUGCAAAUUUCUUUCUUUCAGACUGUGUAUGCUUAUGACGUGAUAAACAUAUUAGAAGUUUGCGAUUUAAUAUGUUACUCCCAAAUGUGAUUGUUAUUCUGUGAAUUCGCUAAAAUUUAAGGUUGUGUGUAUUGUUGUUUUUAAAA